AUGCCUUCCGUCAGAAACUCCCGCAUUAUAUUCAACGAAGUCCCCAAUGACUUCCCAGUCCCCGGGAAAACCGUCGUCUACGAUGAAUCGCCACAGAUUGACAUCGACAAUAUCCCCCUCAAUGGCAAAGUCUUGGUCAAGACAUUGGUCCUUUCAAUCGAUCCGUACUUGAGGAAUCGUUUGAGGCCCGCAGAUGUCCCGGGUUACUUGCCCGCCUUUGCCCUGGGUGAACCCCUCCUCAACUUCGCUGUCGGUGUCGUCGUUCGCUCUGAGAAACCCGACUGGCAGCCCGGCGAUCUCAUGUACGGGGCAUGGGGUUUCCAGGAGUACAGCAUCGUGGAACACCACUUCAUGUUUAGGAAAAUACCUCGCGACGAAGGCAUUCCGUUGACACAAUACGUAGGAGUUAUUGGAAUGCCUGGCAAAACUGCGUACUCUGGCUGGAAAGAGUUCUCCAAAGCCAAAAAGGGUGAGACUGCGUUCGUGAGUGGCGCUUCUGGCGCCGUCGGGAGCUUCGUCGUCCAGCUUGCCAAACUCGAUGGCCUCAAAGUGAUCGCCUGCGCUGGUUCAGACGACAAGUGCGACUUCGUUCGCAGCUUGGGCGCCGACGUCGUAUUCAACUACAAAAAGGAAAGCACCGAGCAGGUUCUGAAGAAGCACGGUCCCAUCGAUAUAUUCUGGGACAAUGUCGGCGGCGAAACGCUUGACUUGGCCCUGGCUGCCUGUAGGUCGAAGGGUCGACUUAUCGAAUGUGGCCUCAUCUCGCAAUACAACGACCCGGACCCUUACCGCCUGAAGAACCAUAUCAUGAUCUUUGAGAAGUCGCUGACUUGCGUCGGCUUCCUGGUUCACACCAUCGAAGGCUCAUACUCUGAGCAGUUUUACAAGGAGAUCCCUGUGCUCGUGAAGGAGGGCAAGUUCGGUUUUAAGGAGGAUAUUUCCUACGGCUGGGAGAGUAUCGGAGAUGCGAUUGUUAGCGUCCAGCGUGCGACGAUCACGGGGAAGAAGGUGGUGGUGGUGGCGAAGGAGUAA